UUCAAGUUUAUCUUAACUGGAAAAUAUCAAUUGAAUUAAACGGAUUCUUCAGCCAUGAAGUUUGCCAUCAUCUGCUUGUUUCUGGCAUUAUGUACCAUCAAAAUAUUCUAUGCAGAUGCGAAUAUACUGGAUAAAUUAUAUGCCGAUUCCGUGAAUGAAAUAGGGACUUUCGUAACACCAUGGGAAAAUAAAAUUCUGUCUUGUUUUACUGCUGCACAUCAGCAAGGGAAAGAUAUUGAAAAUUGUGAGAACAAUUUUAAUGUCCCACUCCAAGAUAUUGUUCCUUCGUUGCAAAAGGACAUGCAGAAAUGUAUUGAUGAUGCCCGUAUAAGCAAUCGUCUCAAGGUUGCGAGUGAAUGCUGUUCAGCCAAAGUAAAUGCUUUAAAAAGUCAGGUGCAUUCUCUUGUAAAUCAAGCCCAUGUAUGCCUUCGUAAAUUAGGAUUCUCUAACUGUCACUAAAUGACUACAGUCAGAAAAGGUUAUCUUUAGGUUUCUUCUUCAAAUGUUUCUUCAAAUUUUAUUUUAGACCUGUGAAGUAUUAGUUGAGCACUAAUUGAUACUGUUUUUCCUGAGUCUCAUUUCAAUACCUGAAAUUAUACCUGAAAUGAUUACUUUGCUAAUAGUAAGGUUGACUUUUUUAUACAUAACUUUCAAUAAGGCCUGUAAUUGUGAAUAAUACUACGUUAGAUUCUAGAAUUAUUACUUUUAAAUUCAAACCAACUGUAUGAAGUUGUUCGGUU